AUGGAUGAAAUUACCUUCAAUACUCCAAGUAUUAUUAAAUUAGGAUCAUUUGCUGGCAAAAUUAAAUAUUGUCUUUUCGAUACAUUUUUUAUUCCUCUAUUGAAAAUAUUCAAAUUAAAAAUAAAAUAUAUUGAUAAUCAAUUGAUUGUUAUUGCAAAUGAUGGAUUAGAAGAUAUUCUAUUACAUAAUUUAAUUUGGGAAUAUUUUUAUCAAUAUACAAUUCCAGAUAAUUAUACAAUUUAUCAUCGAAAUGGAAUAACAAUGGAUAAUCGUCUAGAAAAUUUAUUAUUAAUAUCGAAUAAUAUGAUUUAUCUACCAUUAAAAUCUUCUUCUCAAUCAAGUUUUUAUUGGAAUAUUAUUUCAAAUUUACCAAUUGAUAUGGAUGAAGUUGAUUAUCAUAAUUCAAUAUUAAAUCAAUCAGAUUUAUAUGAAUGUCAUAAUGCAGCAUGUACACAAUUAUUAAUAAAUUCAUCGAAUGAACAGUUUAUUUGUCUUAAAUGCAAGAAAAUAAAAUAUUGUAGUCAAAUGUGUCAAAUAAUGGACGCUGAUAUUCAUUCAAUAUUUUGUAAUCCAAAUAGUUCAACAUAA